UUAACAUAAAAAUGAUAUUACGCGCUUACAUAGCGUAUCAAAUCUAAAAUCCUUGAGAAGCUUGAAAAGGAGAAACCCCUUUAUUCCGGUGAACAAGAGAAAAAUUAUGUGUUGCAUAUAUUUAUGUACCUACUCAACGGCAGGCAUAGCUGUACCUAUGUCUGAGCUAUCAUUUACGUCCUUGUGUAGUCAUCGAUCGAGUUAUGUAGUAAGGCGAGCACCCCGUGACGACAGAAUACAGAUGGAACGCAUUAAAGCGAAACCAUCGCGGUUGUACAUUAAAGUUUAUCGCGGGAUAGGUAAGAUUGCGGUGAUUGCACUAUAAUAAUAAAAAAAGAAAGUCUUUGAAUCGCUUGAUAUUUAACAAAAAUAAGUUUUAAUUUCAGCAGUAAAAUUGCGUGCUUGUCAAUUAUUUUCUUAGAAAGAUGAAAAAUUUGUCUUCCAUAUCUUUGUGCGUACUUUCAACAAACAAUAAUGAAAUAUUUAUAUCUAAAUGUGGCCGACAUACAGCUUUACGCAAUUAAUAAUAAUAAUUUGCGGGUAGAUAAAUUAUUCGGAAAUAUAUAGAUGAAAUGAUAAUGCCUAUUCAAUUAUUAAUGUAUGUAGAAGAGAAACGAUACGAUUUUACGAACCUACAUUCGUGCGGUUUUGCACGAUCUAUUACAAUAUUAAAUCAUAUUGAUUAAUGUUUCCGACUAAUAACUAGAAAAUAUCGACAAAGUCAAACACUUCUUUAACUAUCAGUCAAACGCGAAGUUUCACCGAUUGAAAUUUCGCACGUACCUGAAAUUCAUCAACGCUACUCGCUCAAUGAAUUUCGAACAAGAGGGCAUUGAGCGCAUUUCAUCCCAUCAUUCUUCCAAUCUCGUGCUGCUCGCCAUCGUCUCGUUGCUUGUCGGGCGUUAUCCGUACGCGCGAUUAUUCAUAGAGCAUGAAUAAUGGAACGCUCAUCGGCGGAAUUGCAGAUAACUGUCCUUAGUUCCGAGAGGCUCAAGACAGCAUUCGCGAACGACUCAAUUCCCGUCGUACAAUUGUAACGGCGGGAGCAAACUACGAAUCUCUGGCAGAGAUCACCGUACAGCUUCAUAAUCGUCGACCGGGACGAAAUCGCUUCACGAUCCGUAAAUCAAUCACGACCGACGAGAUCUGUCUGGCUAUCGACACGAAAAUUACGACGGAGAUUGCUACGUACAUACGACACGCGGCCAUUCGACCCUCAACAGUGGUGCCACUUGUUAAUUGUGUAAUGUUUGUCCAUAAUGUCUGUUCGAUUUAUAUGUAAUAAUCCAAAAAUUAAAAAUUUACAUGUAUAAAGUGAGCAGAAAAUAUUGGAUCAGCUAAACAUCUUAAAGGUUGACAUCGAAAACUCCGCUGCUGCACAUCGUGUGUCGAUGUCAACGUGACGGGCCGAUUGAGAAGAGCUGCGAUGCCGUAGUCGUCGCUAUGAGCGAGAGCCGGUGCUACACGGAUUCGCCCGUGCUCGCCGAACAUCAGCCCUUCAACCGUAAUGGGAAGGCGCUCAGGGGAUCUAAGAAGAGUGUGCUGUUCUAUACGACCGAUUGCGGGGACGAAAAGGAGGACCUGGGUCUCAAGCUUCAGCAGCGAUCCGUCUCGUUGACCGCCCUACACACCGGGGUUGGCGCCCAGCAGCAGUUACUGGAACCCAGAAUGGCGCAGUUAGAGACCUUAGAGGCUAAGAUGGCCAGUAUAGAGGUGUCAUUGUCGACGACACCGAGGCGGAAGAAAGGUGGCAGCAUUUCCGGGGGCGUCCCGUCUCCCGCUGGUCACCGGAACAGAGAUCAUUAUAAGGAAUUGGACGCUCUCCGAGUGGCUCUGCGCGACAAAGAAAAUAUCAUACAGACGCUCAAGGGCCAGCUCUGCAACACGCUGAGCAGCAGACUGGCAUUACGCAACGGCGCGCCACCCUUGACCGAGGCCGACAGGAAAGCGGCCGAGGAGCGGCUUCAAAGGCUGCGACGGGACGCCGACAAUAAGCGUCUAGCCAUUAAGAACCUGAAGCUCGCGCUCGAACGUCUCGAUAUCACGGACAACAUCGAUGUUCGAAUACAACAAGCAGAAUUGGAAUACAGACUCGGUCGCGAGGAACUCGAGCUGCUAACUCUUCAUGAGGAGAGCAGAGCUCUGCAAACCGCCUUGGAGCUGGCCGAAACUCAAGAAAAACAAAAGAACGACACGAUAUUCAGCUGCAUUUCCGGCUCGACGCAAGUCACGAUCCACGCGGUGGAAGUAAGCGCGGAUCCGAAAAGUCCUCGUUUCGGAGCCGGACCCAGGGACGACGCGAUCGGUCUCUACGUCGAUUGGGCCGUGGAGGAUUCCGGUCUUUGUAAGGGAGACAGGAUCUUGGAAGUGAACGGAAAACUGGUGGUAGGAGCGGGCAGAAGCGACCUGGCGCGUCUUCUGGCUGUUACGCCCGACGCUGCGCAAAUAGUGGUCCUUCGAAAGGGCGAGUCCCUCGCGGCGUUGCGCACUCUGCGCUCCGAUAAUCUCAGACUGACGCACAGGAUCGGUUAUCUCGAGGAGCAGGUCAGGGAUCUCCUGGCGCCGAGCAGGACCGAGGUCCCCACCGAGGAGCCGCCACCGAGUCGUCAGGAACAUGUGCAGGUUUUCCAAAAAGGGCCUCAAGUGACAGCACUCGUAGCGAAUCUACCCGGUCUCAACGUGAGAAGCUGCACGGAAUUACGGCAGAGCCUACCGACCGUCCGAAGUAGACACAGUGAUCACUCUAGGCGCCUGACGGAUUCCAGGAAUCAGCGCGAGCUCGACUUCUCGUCCGAUGGAGUCGCGAACAGCCAUCACAAGUCUCGGAACCGGCAGAAACACCAGGGACUUCAGCUGGCGAGGUCGACGGCCAGUCUCGACUGCAAACAGUUACCGAUGCAGUCGCAGAUGCAGCGUCGAAGAUCACCACGCGUCGAAUCCGCUAUGGAGCACUUGCAUAAGAGUCGCAAGAGCAGUUCGCAGCUGCAGUCCCUGGAAUUCGACUCCGAACCGACAUACUAUCGUUUACAGGAUUCCCAAUCUCGUGCCUCUGAGAAUUCUGAAGUGUCAGUAGUGUACAGCUCUCAGGAGACGAAGACUCGUCCGGCGCCGCCGAAGAAACCGCUGCGGCUCUCCCUGCAUCGCGCAACGAGUCUUCAGUCCGUAGAAAGCGCGCCACCGGCCGCGCCACAACAUGACGUGGCGCGAAAACCGACGAAGAGGAACCACCGUGGUGAUCCACCCAUGGAGAAAACUGCGUUGCGGCCCGAGAUAAACGGGAACGCGAACGCAAGCUCUCAGGAAUCUCACGCCAAUCCGCCGCAGCCGCCUCCGAGGACGCCCUCCAGAGCGGAAUCGUGUCAGAGCGCCCUACGAUGGCCCUCUCCGAAGCCGAGAGCGCACUUAACAUCCGUGCCAAUGGAGAAGUGGUGCUAAACGUUGGAAAUUUGAACGUUUCUCGGACAAGGGAACGAGAGAAAGGAGGAGAAAGGAAGAAGCGUAAGUGAUUUCCGAGGCAGCUGGAAAUUUUGAAAGCGCAGCAUUGCAUCGACAUUACGGUAAAUUGCAAGAAAACGGAAGCAAUGCGAUAUUAUUAAUGAUAAGGAUGGAAACGAUGUACGAAGAUUCCAUCCAAUAGAUUCUUGAGACGUGUAUGGUUUGAAAUUUGUGUACAUUGCAAACUGGUAAUGCAUUGGAGAUGGACUUCGAUCUAUGCGCCAGCUUUAUCAAAUCCAGUGACUAGCGCAUUCCACUUUGAUUGUGUCUAAUCACGAUUAGUUCUAAGUGUAUGAUAUAAAAUACAUUUACAGUAUAAUAAUUAUGGUAUGUCAUAUUAAGGGCGCGUCAUAUGUCGCGAGAAUAGAAUCCAAGAUCAAUGUUUAUAAUAAAAGUGUUUAUCCCAACUCGUCUUUUCCUACGAUAUCUUGCUGCACAUGCUCAUUUUUUAAAAUGAGAUAUUUAUCUAACUCAAGAGAAUGAAAAAAUAUGUAUAAGACUGAUAAAUCCCACAUAUAUAUAUAUAUAUAUAUAUAUAUAAUGAAUAGAACUCGACUUUAAAUAAAGGUAAAUGCACUAUCCAAAUCUGAAAAGUGCGCGCCUGGAAUCUCUAAUGCAUUUUGUAUUUUAGAUAUAUACACUCCUUUUUACUUCUAAACAUUUUAUCAAUUGAUAAAAACAAAACAUAAUUUUUCUAAACUCUUCAAGAAAUUAUAUUCUUUGAUGUUCAAUUUUUAACAGAUAAAAAAUCUUAAAAUUAACAUUUGCAAUCGGUUUAUCAGAUUCAAAGAUCUAGUGUACAUUUGGUCAUAUUAAUUUUAAACAAAUAUAUUGCGAUUUAUACGUAAUGAAAUAUUACCCUAUCUUUAGUAACUUCAAUAAUAUAAUUUAGUAAAUAUAUCAUGUCCACGUUUAUAAGAAAAAUAUAUAUAAUAUUUGCUAAUACAAUUUUAUGUAUAAAGAUGAUAUACAAACUCUAUAUAUUGUAUAAUUUUAUAAUGUUAACGUUAAUGUUAUAUUAUCUACAGAUUAAGUAUAUUUCUAUCAGUAAAGUGUAUAAAUGUACAAAGUUAUCGUGAUUUGUACUUGAAAUGGAAUAAUUAAGAGAAUUUCGUGUAGAAUAUAUUUCACAAAUGUACAUUCAAAAAUUUAUCCCGUAACGAAAUCAGUUAUAGUAAAAAUUAACAUUGAGUGAACAUACAAUUUUGCAUAAAGUACGUUAGGCGUACAUUAGAAUAUACUUAUAAUCUUUAGGACCGUAACGAAAAAACCGAGAAUGUUAUGGUCGUAUCCGUAACUUUUUUCAUAUCUUUGCGAUAGCCAUAAAUUAAUAUGCGAAUAUAAAUUUUUAUUUCUUAAAAUUGCUAGUCCUGUCGCUACUUUCGACAAUAUAUCCAAGUUAUACAUUAAAAUGCACACA